UCAUGUACUAGAACAGCGAUUCUCAACCUUCUUCUAGGCCGGUAUCCCCUGCCAUGUAAAUCAAGUAGGCCCGGUACCCCCGUUGAGAAUCGCUGUCUAGGGGGGUGCCACUUAGGUUCCGGCAGGUUUCUCGGGUUAGAAACCGCUUGAUCGGCUCCAAACCCUCCAAACGCUCCGAAACUCGCUCCGAAUCCGAUCUGGAACUAUGAACGUUUUGAGGUACCGUGUACACGCUGUCAAACUUUGAUUUGUAAAACAAAACAAACGUCGUGUUUUUGUUUUCAUUGCAAAAAGUCUCGAAAUCGGAUUAUUUCUGCGCGUGUCCGCGAAAUGUUGGAGUCGGUUCCGGCAGAUUGUGAGAAGGUUUGCUGAAUAAGUUGGGAUUAAAUGUAGCAAGUGUUGUGCAGAAUCGAUGGGAAAAGGGCGCGCUGAGAAAAUGACGAGGGAAGUGCUGGAAGUCUGGACGGAUUUGGCAGCGAUGUUCUCGUCUAUGGUUUACUACCAUUUGAGAUUGUUUGGACACGAUAAUCGUCAAGUGCAUCGAUUACAAGCAGUUGGCGAUCGAGCUGGAGGAGAAUCCGGCCAAAGUGAAGUCGAUCAACAGUUUAGGCAGGCGUUGGGGAUUACACUGCAGACGCAACGGAUGGACGUGGUGGAGUCUUCGCUUCUGAAGGAGUACGUAAUUACCGGGAUGUUGGCGUAUGUUUCCAGUUAAAGUUAGGUUUAGAAAACAGAAUUAUAUUCCUUCCCGCAGGUCACCUUGAGCCUCAUCCAGAACCGCUUCAUCCACAACACGGUGCUGUGCUGCCUGGUUUGCCUGUACAGCAGUCUGGGCGUUCCUGUUCGCGUCUCAUCUUCCUAGAAGACCCGCUGGCCGUCGCCAAAAUGCUCGACAUCCAAGGGUGGUGUGUACCAGAUCGCGUUCAAUCUGUCCGAAACGGCAACCCAACAGUUUCUGCCCAAAUUCCCAUGGAGGUUCAACAGCAGCAGUAGCCGACUGCGACUGAGGUCGCGCCAGUCGUCCCCGCCCAGCGAUCUAAAGGUCGACCAAAGAAAGACCCGAACGCCCCCAAGGCCAAGUACAAGAAGGACAAAGCAGCUGCGGCGGCAGCAGCUACGCUACAAACCAUUGCCGCCGCGGCAGCCACUUUUUCGCAGCAGCAGGCCCUGCUUCCGUUCGCCGCAGGUCAGCAGCGGUUCACGUUCAUGCCUGUGCCCAAGUACCCAAGCGGGAUAUCCGGACACAGAUGUCCAUGCUGUACAAUUUCCUGACGCGCGGGUUUGACGCCGAGGACGAUCAGUACAUCCGGCAAAGCUACGAACUGAUGCUCGGUGAUGACACCGACAUCAAGCAGCACUCGAUGGGGUCGGUGCGAACGCAAAGCAUCUGCAAGAUAGACCCGCGGGAAAAGGCCAAAUACAAGUACCUCCAUCUGUGCGGUACGGCAGCCGGAAACCACCUGAAGAACAUCGAAACGACCAAGGCCGUCACCAAGAUGCAGGUGGGCCAGGUGGUCCGCCCGUCGGUGACGGAUCUGCGCGAGACCAAAUACGAAGCGAUCGGCAUCAGCAGCACGUACCUGUUCCGGAUCGACAUGGAGACCAUCAUCGACGCAACCAAGUGCGGCAACCUGGCCCGGUUCCUCAACCACAGUUGCAAUCCCAACUGCUACACCAAGGUCAACACGAUCGAGUCGGAGAAGAAGAUUGUGAUCUACUCGAAGCAGCCGAUCGGCGUCAACGAGGAGAUCACGUACGACUACAAGGUCCCGCUCGAGGACGAGAAUAUUUCAUUUUAUUGAGUGCGCAAUUCUUGUUAAAUACAGUUAUUUUUUUGUAAGAUGACAAAUAUAAUGUGUUAAUAUAUUAAAGGCUAUACAAAAAAACCUUUCCAAACCCAGCAUUACAAAAUGUUCACUAA